UUAAGGCCCAUUUUGAAAUUUACACACUGAGUUUCUACUUUCUUCUCCCUCGGUCGCGAACCUUCUCCAUCUCCUCUGUGGCGAAUAUCUUUUUCUCCGGCGAUCGAUUUGGAGUUUUUGAACUGCUGAAGGAUGGGCCGCAAAGCCGGUACCUUAUUCAUAAACCCGAAGAACUUUGGAAGUCUCCAAAAACCUUGCGUGAAGGAUAUAGUCACAUUUCUUAAUUGUUUGACUCUAAAUCAUAACAAGGACGAUAAAUGCAGCAGGCAAAAAUCACUUUUAAGUGCAUGCAUGGAGGCUCAGGGCAAAAACAGAAAGCCUUGGGGUAGCAUUAAUUAUCACCUCCAAAGGCUUAACAGGGGAAGAAGGUAGUUUGUAUCAAAUUGCUUGUGUACAACAUAAGCUACAGUAUUGUGCUUUGGUGUGUAAUUUUAGCAUGCAUUUGAACUCAAUAAAAAGCCUUACCAUGUCAUAGCUUUAGAGAGCUGGCUAUGACUAUGUUUCAAAACUUCCCCUUUUCUCUGGGGAAGUUUCAGUGAGUUGCUUCCGAUGAGCCAUCAAAUAGUGUAGGCAGGA